AUGAACUGUAUGAUAGAGAGCUCGCUUCUACCCAUGCUCUCAACAUUGCUCCUGCCUGGCAGGGUUCGCGGCCACCAGGCCCACCCUCGCAACAAGUUUUCCCGAGACGAGAAAUCGUAUAUGGAAUCUUCACAGAAGAGAAAAGAAACACAAGAGAGAGUUCCGUCUGGGAGGGAGCUGCGCUGCGAGGUUUUCCUGAACUACGGUUCUUCUUGCUUUAUGGAAGGCUGCGGCUCCUACGUAUCUUCAAAUCUAAACUUUUUUGUCUUUGCCGAAAUGAGCGAAUCUCUGUCUUUCUUCUCUCUUGAUAGUUGA